UGUUUUGACUGCCGCCUGAUGAACAAGAAAAUAAAUAAACAGUCGAGUCUUUGAACCCUCUUCCAAUCUGCCAUUCCAAUUUCCACUUCCGACGCGUUGGAAUAGCGAAGGAGCUUGGUUUCUUCUUUCGCCGCGAUAAGGGAUCUUCCUCUUGUCGUUCCAGCUGCAAUCUGGGACUAGUUUCCGUUUUCGAUCGAAAAGUUUUAGGAUUUGCGCUUGGUUUUGAGGGGUUGGGAGGAGAGAGAGGGCGCGGAAGAUGAAGUCGCCGCUGAGGAUGUUUCGAGGGAUGAAGGUCAACAAGGUGGAGAGCAAGGAGGUGAAGCAGCAGCGCCGGCCCUCAACGAAACCGGACGAGCUGAUCCGUGCCAUGCAGGAUAUGCAUGAGAUGCGAAGCUGCUAUGAUAGUUUACUGUCUGCAGCAGCUACAACUGCAAAUAAUGCGCAUGAAUUUUCUGAGGCACUGGAGGAACUGGGCACAUGUUUACUUCAGAAAACUGCACUGAAUGAUGAUGAAGACAGUGGUAGGGCUUUGAUGAUGAUGGGAAAAGCACAGUUUGAGCUGCAGAAACAUUUCGAUUCUUAUCGCUCUCAUAUCUUGCAUACAAUGGAUAAGCCAUCAAGGUCCCUUCUUGGUGAGAUUGAAAAUGUAGAGGAAAUGAAACACUUAUGCGAUGAUAGAAGAGAGACUUAUAGAAACAUAGAAGUGGCAAGUGGAGGAAAAGGGAGGUCAUGUCAUUUCCAAGAAAAAACCUCAACAAAGGAAUUGCUUGAAGCUAAGGUUAAUUAUGAAGACGAGGCAGCUCGGUUUGUCUUUCGGGUAAAAUCAUUAAAGAGAGGUCAAUUUCAAAGUCUUUUGACUCAGGCUACUCGCCAUCAUGCUGCACAGAUAAGUUUCUUCAGGAACGGACUUAAGGCCCUUGAAAUGGUUGAAUCACAAGUUAAAGCAGUUGCUGACCGACAUCAUAUUGAUUACAGUGUCAGUGAUCUUGAAGAUGACAAUGAUGAUGACACUUAUGGCAGUGAUGAUGAGGGAUUAAGUUUUAAUUUUCAAAAAAGUUUCCAAGAACAGAAUGUUGUUUAUAUAUCUGGAAACUAUAUAGAGGAAAAGACUUGCAAAAGCCAAUCGGGCAUGCACAAAUCCAAUUUGAGGACACAUAUCAGCCAAUCAGCACCCAUUUUUGCUAAUAAGAAGCUUGAUUCAUCUGAGAAGAUAGAAACAUUGCCCGCAGUGAGGAAGUUUCACGCUUAUGUUUUGCCUACGCCGCAUAAUGAUAGGAACCUAAAUCCAAGUCCUCAUACUGCUCCCUCUCUAGAAACACCUACACCAAAUGAUAGAAGUCCAGGUCCUCGGACUACUGCUGCACAUCCAAGUUCUCAUACUACUCCCCUAGAAACAAAGGCUAGUCAGUCACCUAAGAAAAGUGAGUUUUUGGGCACAACCAAGUCAUCAAGGAAUGCAACAACUACAGGGAACAGAAUUUAUAGUGGGCCCAUCUGGAUGCCAUCUGAUUUCUCAGAGAAGCCAUCAGGCCCACCAUUUAAUAGACAUGAAGCAUAUGCUGCUAAUAAGUUGAACCGGCAUGCCUUCUUCUCUGGCCCUUUAACAAACCAGCCAGUCUCUAACAAGCCCAUUGUUUCCCCUCAAUAUAGACACUCAACAGAAUUUCCUCAUCCAGUCUCUUCGGCAUCUCAGCAGAUGCCAAAACCUAAAUCAUCUAUAUCCCCAAAUGUGGCUUCCAGAACCUUGCCUCCUGUAACAUCUCUUAAAAUCAGUGAGCUUCACGAGCUUCCUAGGCCACCAAUUAGUUCGGAGAAGGCAACAGGGCCAUCCAGUUUUAUCGGCUAUUCUGGUCCCUUGGUCUCUAGAGCAAAAAAUAAUAUGAUGUCAUCUCGUCCAAGUAGUGUGCAUCCACUGCCAAAUUCUCUUGGAGAAAUGAGCCGCAGUUUCUCAAAUCCUUCUAAUAGCCGAAGAAUACCAGUAUUUGCUAUGUCCAAGUUGUUGGAGAUUCCUCAGAAUCCAGUCAGAAUCGAGGAGAUCACUUCGCCACCUCCAACGCAUUUACCCUCAAUGACUAUGCUUCCAGUAUUGACAACAUCAUAGCCAGUUCCUGCAUUUUUAAGAGAUGCAGAUGAAGGUUGCGGUCCAAUUUUCUUGCGUGAAAAAAGGAUAAAAUGUUUUUGCUGUAUCCCCUGCAAUUUUGUGUAAAUUGCCUGUCCAUUCCCAGCUCCUAUUCAUUCAGAAAUCAAACUAGAUUCUCAAAUAAACCAUCUGAAAAAAAAAACUAGCCAUUUAAAUAAUGUGUGAUACGCAAUGACAGAAAAGAUUGCUUGAAGCUGUAGAUAAGUUUUGGUUGUCAUCUCGUCAAAACAUAUAGCUCAUUCUAUUGAGGCUGAUCACCGUUUAAUGUUUUCGUUAUUAGUCAUUUAUAAUGCAAGUAUACAUGUAAUGGAAACACCAGUGCUGUAUCAGUUUUAGUAUUUUAUUUGUUUUUGUCUCUUGCAUAAGUAAUACAGUUUGUACUAUGUGAAUUAAACUGAAUGAAUUGGAUCAUAUCCAAAAUUCGUGAUCUAAAUUUCAA